UCACUCCUCCAGCCUCCUCCUAUCGUCAAGCUCACACCAACCAGCAGGAGGGCUCUGCCAGAGCCAAGCAACCAAGAACACCACGAUGAAGAAGCUUCGCACCACCACUCUGGCUCUCCUUCUCCUCCUCGUCUUCCUAGCAGCCUCGUCCCUCCGUGCCGCCAUGGCUGGGUCAGCGUUCUGCGACGGCAAGUGCGGGGUGAGGUGCUCCAAGGCGAGCCGGCACGACGACUGCCUCAAGUACUGCGGGAUAUGCUGCGCCGAGUGCAACUGCGUGCCGUCGGGGACCGCCGGCAACAAGGACGAGUGCCCCUGCUACCGCGACAAGACCACCGGCCACGGCGCGCGCAAGAGGCCCAAGUGCCCAUGAUCCGCCACCACUCUCCAGGCAUCGAUCCUCCACCGCCCAUGGCGUCUACACACCAUAUGCCUGAGCUUCAUGCAUCCCUAUCUAUCAUGUCGUACCAUGUCGCGGAUCACUACUAGUAUAUCUUAUAAGCGUGUAAACCAUGAUCUGUAGCGUCUGGUGCAUGACCCGAUUCCGACUAUAUGUUGAUGUGCAUAAUGCUGGCCUAGCUACUGGUAUGCCGGUAAAAAUGUCGCUGUGCUGUAAUAAUGAACCAUGACGCAUCAGUAAAGUUUGUCCAGUAAUUUCCUUGUUA